UCCAUCACAUGAUGAGUCCCGGGGCCCUUCAUUUAAUGGGAGAGCGGAGCGGCGGGGCAGCUUCACUCUCACUCCCGCCGGCACCGGAGCGGUCUCGGUGCGCAGCUCCGGCAGGACCCGGCCCGGCUCUGGAACCAUGGGCGCCGCUCGGCCCCUCGCACUGCUGCUGCUGCUGCUGCCGGCCCAGGGGCUGCUCUGCGCUGCCGCCACACGGUUUCAAGAUGUGUUGAACUAUGGAAGCACUUCUCCUGUGACAUCCUACAAGAAGCUACAAGGCUGGUCUAGUGAUCAAAAUAAAUGGAAUGAAAAACUUUAUCCUUUCUGGAAAGAAGGGGAUCCCAGAUGGAAGGACUGCUGGAAAGGUGGAAGGGUGACAGCCAAACUGGACAGUGACAGCCCAGCACUGGUAGGAUCCAACGUGAGCUUCACGGUGACUCUCCAGUUUCCCAAGUGCCAGACCGAAGAUAACGAUGGCAACAUUGUAUACAGGAGAAACUGUACCCGGGAUCCUCCAGCUUCCAUGGAUCAGCAAGUCUAUGUCUACAACUGGACUGAAUGGACGGACAGCUGUGGCUGGGAAAACUGCACAAGCAACCACAGCCACCAUGUAUUCCCAGAUGGGCGUCCUUUCCCUUAUCACCCGGGCUGGGGGAGGAGGAACUUUGUCUAUGUGUUUCACACUUUUGGUCAGUAUUACCAAACAACGGGACGAUCUUCAGCAAAGUUUUCAGUGAACACAGCAAAUAUCACCCUUGGUGAACACGGGAUGGCAGUGUCCAUUUACAGGAGAGGCCACUCAGGAUUUGUUCCGGUUGCAAGAGCAAAAACCACCUACUCUGUGACAGACAAAAUUCCAGUAAGUGUGAGUAUGUUCCAAAAACACGACCGCAACAUCUCAGACUCCAUUUUCAUCAAAGACUCACCAAUUACAUUUGAUGUGAAGAUCCAUGAUCCCAGCUACUAUCUGAAUAAUUCUGCCAUCUCCUACAAGUGGAACUUUGGAGAUGGAAGUGGCUUGUUUGUAGCCAGUGGUUCUAGUACAUCUCACACCUACACUCUGCAAGGAAACUUCACUCUGAAUUUAACUGUCCAAGCCAUCAUACCUGUACCUUGCAGGCCAGUAACACCCACUGCACCACCGCCCACCUCAGCAGCUCCAACAGGAGCAUCUUCUGAUUCUGACUCUUCUCCCACUGUGGAGUCAGUGGAGGACAAUCCUGAUGGAGGCUGCCACAUUUACAGAAAUGGAUACUAUGGAAGCAGUAUUGCUGUUGUAGAGGGAAUCCUCGAGGUAAAUAUUAUUCAGAUGACAAGCAUCCAGAUGACAGAAAGUCAAGCUGAAAACUCACUGGUUGACUUUGUUGUUACCUGCCAAGGGAGUCUCCCCACAGAUGUCUGCACGGUGGUUUCUGACCCCACGUGCCAGGUGUCCAAGAGCAUGGUGUGUGACCCCAUCGACGUCACGGACGAGUGUUUACUCACCAUCAGGAGAGCUUUUGAGGAACCUGGGACCUACUGCAUAAACAUCACCCUGGGUGAUGACACAAGCCAAGCCCUUGCCAGUGCCCUGAUCUCUGUAAAUGGAGGAGCAUCAUCUGGAACAACAGAAGGUGUCUUUAUCUUCCUUGGCUUGUUGGCAGUGUUUGCUACCAUUGGGGCAUUUGUCCUUUACAAGAGAUACAAGCAGUACAAGCCUAUUGAGAGGAGUGCAGAACAAACACAGAAGCAGGAGGGAUUUACUGCUUACUUCAGCUCUUUCAAAGCCAUUUUCUUCCCUAAUAGCACUGAGAGAAAUCCUCUGCUGAAGAGUAAACCUGGCAUUGUUUAAACCUUUAGUGGAACACUGACUAUUAGAUUAAGUACAGCACUUGUAUCUGAACUGUACUUUAAUGGGGCUUUCUUCUUGUUAUAAAAAAACCCGAGGGAGUAAGGUGAAAGCACAUGUAGACAGGAUGGUAACUUUUGGGGCUUGGUGCAAUUAGCAACAUUAAAGUAGUCUUUUGUAGAAAAA